AUGGAUUUUUUAGGUGUAAUUCAAUGGGUAAUGGAUGUUUAGUAAUAUCCUGAUUCUUAUAAGGACGAAAUAGAGAAGCUAAAGACUGAAUGCUUCAAUCUAAGUACACUUAUAAAGACAAUCGGAGAAGAUUAGAUUCCAUAAUUGUAUUAGAAUUAAAUAAAGAAACACUUAGAAGAAGCUGAAACACUUUUAAAAAAUGUUAACCACAAAGUAGGCAUAAUGCAGAGCGUGUUUAGUAUGCUUUCUGGGUAGCAAACUAUACAAAAGCUGAAAGAAGCUAAGGAUAAUAUUCAUAAUACUAUUAUUAAUUUGAAUGCAUGGAUAAGUAGCAUUAUGUAUUCUACAAAUAAUAUGGGUUCAAUUUCAGAUUUGAGAGUCUCUAAAGUAAAGAAAUUUAAUAGCAACGACAGCGAAAAAGAUUUAAAAAAUGAUAAUACAGCAGCUUCAACUGCUUCUAGUUUACAAGUACCAGCAACAUUAGUCGAUUAGUUAGAUCCUACUUAUUAAUAAGAAAGUGAAGAUGAAGGUGAAAACAUUUUUGGAAAUUCAAAAAAGCUUAACAUUGAUAUAACGCUAGAUAAAAAUGCCAACAUCUAUGAUUUAUUUGAAGAGUUUAAAAUAAACACUAAAUAAAGUUUUAGUUUGAAGUUAGAUCCUAAAGUGUUUUUCACUUUUGAGAGAAUAACUUAUAUCAAAUUAGCUGAUGACAACAAAGAUGUAAAUAGAAUAUCAAGAGAGCAUGCCGAUUUAGAAUUAAUAGAAAUAGAAUAAACGGAAGAUUCUCAUUCAUAAACAGUUACUUUAUAAGUUCCCAUGAGUGCUGCUGAAAAGUAGUAGCAAAAAGAGAAGUAAAAUCAUCAAUCUUAAUCUGAAAAUAAAACAAACACAAAAGAAGACGAUUAGUUUGCAACUUGUGUUGAAGGUUUUAGUGAUGGUGAAGGAGAUGAAAUGUUUGGAAAAGGAAAUAAAGAAACGCCUGCAAAAAAAUAAAAGCACUACUAUGUUUCUAUAGCAUGUAAAGGACCUAAUGGUAUCUUUGUUUAUAGAAAAAGAGAGAAUUAGCAGAUACAAGAUGAGUUAUCAAAGAAAAAGCUUAUCAAAGAUAUGAAACUGAUAGAAGCUGGAUAAUGGGUGAAAGUUGCUAAAGGAGAAAAAGCCUUGCUAUUUAAUAGCGACUCUUUUGCUAUCCUUAAAUGUGAUAAAAUUACUAUAAGCUAUACAAUAAAAAUAGAAUGA